UUUUAACGCCCUUUUCUUCUCCCACCAUGGAAGCCGACGGCAGCCGACCCACGAAGCAACCCGGCCCUCCCCCCUCCUUCGGCCAGCUCCCGGUGGACCCGAGCGGCAGGGCCACCGCGUUCCGCCCCUUCUCGGCGCCGGCCCCCCACAUGCGCGCCUUCCACCUCGCGUGGCUCUCCCUCUUCGCUUGCUUCUUCGCCACCUUCUCCAUCCCCCCGCUCCUCCCCGUCAUCCGCCGCGACCUCGGCCUCUCCCCGGCCGACGUCGGCGCCGCCGGCGUCGCCUCCUUCGCCGGCGCCAUCCUCUCCCGCCUCGCCAUGGGCCCCGCCUGCGACCUCGUGGGGCCCCGCGCCGCCUCCGCCGCGCUCUCCCUCCUCACCGCGCCCGCCAUCCUCGCGGCCGGCCUCGUCACCACCCCGGCGGGGUUCGUCGCGGUGCGGUUCUUCGUCGGGUUCUCCAUCGCCAACUUCGUGGCGAACCAGUUCUGGAUGAGCUCCAUGUUCGCCGGGGACAUCGUCGGCCUGGCCAACGGGGUCGCCGCCGGGUGGGCCAACGUGGGGUCAGGGCUGACUCAGCUGGUGAUGCCACUCAUCUACACCUCCCUAGUGGAGCACCUCCACGUGUCGUCGUCCUCGGCGUGGCGAGUGUCCUUCGUCGUACCGGCGGUGUUCCAGAUCGUCACCGCGAUCAUGGUCCUAGCGUUUGGCCAGGACUUGCCCAGCGGUAACUACAAACGCAACCUCAAUAACACCGAAACCCAGAAGUACAGGAACGGCGAGGCCUCGAAAGAGGGCUUCUUCGACGUUCUCAUGCACGGCCUGAGGAAUUACAGAGGGUGGAUCCUCGGCCUGACGUACGGAUACUGCUUCGGGGUCGAGCUGACGGCGGACAACGUGCUGGCGCAGUACUUCUACGACCGGUUCGGGGUGAGUCUGCAGGCGGCGGGGCUGAUCGUGGCGACCUUCGGGGCGGCGAACUGCGUGACGAGGCCGGCCGGAGGGGUGGCCUCCGACAUGCUGGGGCGGAGGUUCGGGAUGAGGGGGCGGCUGUGGGGGCUGUGGGCGGCGCAGACGGCGGCGGGGCUGCUGUGCGUGUGGCUCGGGCGGGUCGGCUCCCUCUGGGGCUCCAUCGCGGUCAUGUGUUGCUUCGGCGUGUUCGUCCAGGCCGCCGCCGGGCUCACGUUCGGCGUGGUUCCUUUCGUCUCCAAGCGGUCGCUCGGAGUGAUCUCGGGGAUGACGGGGAGCGGAGGGACGGUGGGGGCGGUCGUGACGCAACUGCUCUUGUUCUCCGGCUCCGAGAUGCCGAGGCAGACGAGCAUAUCGCUGAUGGGCCUCCUGAUGCUCGUCUGCACCCUCCCCGUCGCCCUCAUCUACUUCCCGCAGUGGGGCGGCAUGUUCUGCGGUCCGUCCGAUGAUCCGGAUGCGGACAAGGAAGAGUACUCCUUGUUGGAUUGAGAUUGGGCGAUCGCGGGCCCCCGAUCGGUGAGUGGACGAAACUCGUUGCUGUCAUUCGCUCUGUGAAAAUUAGACGGGGCAGAGGCUCAUGAUCAGUUAUGGCUUGAUGCAGAGAUGCUGGAUUGAAGAGAGAGACAGAGCUCAAACCAGUGUAAAAUGCUAGAGCCAGGCCUUGGAAAUUGUCACCUGCAUAUGUCAAAUUGGAGCUGUGGAGACAACAAUAUAAAGUUCUUUUUUUUUUCUUUUUUA